UCCUUUUCCCCUUUUCACCAGAUUAGAAGAAGAUAGAGAGAAAGAGAGAGAGAGAGACUUAUCUUCCAUCUUCCUCAUUCUCUGUUAAUCUUCACAUAAAUCAUUUUGUCUUUUUCCAUCUUCAUGAUUUACUGAUUCUCAUCUGAUUUUUUUGGUGUCUUCUCUUAAUCUCUCACUCGAUUUUUCAUUUGUUGAUAUUUUUUUCCUAUUUGUAAUUUGCUCAUUGUUUUAAUCGUCUCUCUAAUUCAAAUCAAUCGAUUUUGAAAUAAUGUCAUCAUCAUCUUCAAGCAAUUUUCUUGAUAAUAUUAAAGGAUUUUGUAUCGAUAUCAACGGUGUCCUUUAUAAUUGUGGUGUUGAUCAACCAAUCGAGGGUUCAAUUGAUGCGAUUGAACAAUUAAAGAGACACUCAUUACCUUUCUUAUUGUUAACUAAUCAGACAACACUCGAUUUAAUCUCAUUUACUAAAUUUUUAAAUUCCAUUGGAUUUAAUCAAACACCCGAAACAAUAAUCGCUCCUGCUCCUCAAGUUGCAAUUUACUUGGAACAAAACAAUUUACGACCUUUUCUAUUAACUUUUCCAGAGGUAAAUGGUGACUUUUCCCACCUCGAUCAAUCGAAUCCUAAUUGUGUCGUCGUCGGUGAUGCUGUUCAACAUUUCACUUAUGAGAACAUGAAUCGAGCCUUUCAGAUUCUCAUGGACAAUCAAGAUGCUCCGUUAAUUGCCAUGGGUCGAUCAAAAUACUAUCUGGACAAUGGUAAAUUUGUUCUUGACCAAGGGGCUUUUGUAACUGGCUUAGAGUAUGCAGCCGAUCGGACAGCCAUUAUAAUUGGUAAACCUUCAGCUAACUACUUUGAAUUAGCGUUGAAACAACUUGACCUUAAACCCGAACAAGUCGCAAUGAUUGGGGACGAUAUUAGAUCGGAUGUUGGUGCAGCUCAAUCGAUCGGAAUGAAAGGUAUUUUGGUUCGAUCGGGAAAAUAUCGACGAGAAACUGAUGAAAAUCACGCAACCAUCAAACCAGAUUUAAUUGUUGACAAUUUAGCUCAAUUGGUUGACAAACUGUUGACAACAAGAUGAACUCAAUCACUUGUCAUCAACGUCACAAUUAGUAAUUAAUAUAUUGUUUUAACACAUUGAGAAACAAAAUAAUUGAUUGUAGAGACUUAACCAUAAGAAUAUAAUCAAUUCUAAUGUUAAUUUUGAUUAUUCUGGUCUGAAAUUGAGCUAAUUGGAAACUUGAUUGUUCCACUAAUUUUAUCACAUUUCAACUGCUCAAUUCCUUGGACGAUCAACUGAUGAGAAUUAUUUCUUAAUUUGAUUGUUUAUCAAAGAAAAUUAUAUAAAAUGGAAAUGGAUUUUCA